AUGCUGCGCCGCCGCGGAGCCUUCACGGUGCAGCCGCUCCGUGGUGACCUCGAUGCUCCCUGGGAUUCGGCCGAGAGCUGCAUCGUGCGCACCUCUGCCAGCGUCUACCGCCGGCUGCAGGAGAGCCCGCGGCAGCCCCCGCGGGGAUCGAGCACCCGGGGAGCCCCCCAACCUCCACCGCAGCCCCCCAGCAGCCCCCCGGCCGGCGGGAGGUUCCUCAAAUCCGAAUCCGAGGAUUCCGGCGUGGAGAUGACCAGCAACGAGCACUCGCCCUGUACCCCGCUGGGCUCCGAGAGCAGCUUCUCCCUCGAUGGUUUCGCGGCGGAGAAGCCCCCCGGAGGAGAGGAGCCCUCCCGGCCACCCCGGAGCAGCAGGAGGAUGCUGCAGGCAGCGCAGCGGAGCAGGAGGCAGCGCUGCCCGCGACAGCUCAGCCGGCGCAGCGCCAGCGCCGCCGACCCGGCAGAGCCACGGCGGGACCCCGAGGAAUCCAUGGGGGCGGCGGCUCCGGCUGGGGGGGCUCGGCCGCCCGGCAGCCCUCGGGACCCCCGGGCUGAGCCCGAGGCCGCGGUGUCGGGGCAGGGGCUGCGCUACCUGGAACACGUGUGCCAGAUGCUGGAGCGCCUGGCGCGGCUGCAGCAGGACAACCGCGCCCUCCGGCAGCAGGCGGCCGGAGCCCGGUGUGCCCGCCCGGCCACCCUGCCCUCCCGGCAGCCUCCGAGGCAGGAUUUGGGAACGUGGAGGGGUGAGAGGUUCCGGCCGCGCUCCUGCUCGGACAGCCAGGCGCCAGCAGCUGAGCCCGGGCGGUGCCGGAGGAUGUGGGGACACUCGGUCAGCUCCCCCAGCCUGCUGGACCCCUCCGAGGGCGGGGCGGGCGUCCCGGCACCGGACAAGGACGGGCGCUCGCACUGGGGCCGGGUGAAGGUGCUGCUCACCCGCCUGACCCGCCGCUCCCUGCGGGGUGGCCGGUGCAGGUAG